UUGAUUAACUUAUGAACUACACCAACUAAAUAAUAUCUUACUUACUUCUUACAACAAAGGUGUGACUGUUUGUACUUAUAUUUAUAUACUUCUUUAUGUGCUGAUCUGAUGCUUUGAGUCCACCUCAAUGAGGAACCUGAGCUUUAAGACAAGAGAGAAUAAGAUGUACAAAACCAAAAAUGGUGAGAAGUGAUGGCUUUGGAGAGGGGAGGUAGACACCCGUGACUUAAGAUCACAAACCUCUAAGUUUUAGAUUCAUUUUAGUGGAUUGAUCUUUCUACAUUUGAAGAACUCGGCUGAAUUAUUGGAGAAACAAAAUGGUGACACUUUCAGUGAAGCUCUGGGAAGCACUGCAUCAAUUAAAAGACGAUGAGUUCAAGAAAUUCAAGUGGUUUCUGAAGAAGAAUGACGUUUCACAAGGCCACUCAGGCAUCUCAGCGGUUCAUCUGGAGAAGGCGGACAGGCAGGACACAGUGGACCUGAUGGAACAGAAAUAUGGCAGCACUGGAGCUAUAAAGGAAACCAUGGAGGUCUUAGAGAAGAUCAGCAGGAAUGACCUGGUGCAGAGUUUGCAAGACUCCUGCCUGGACCCAAAAGACCUCAUUCCACAAGACUGCAAAGGAAAACAGGCCAAGCUGAAGAGCGCCCAGACGUUCACAGUCGAUGUGACUCUUGAUCCUGAUACGACACAUCCUAAUCUCAUCUCGCCUUGUGAUGGGAAACAAACGCGUCAUGGUGACGCAAAGUACAAACUUCUGGACAACCCUGAAACUUUUUUUAGAUGCGUCUGUUGGAGUCGCCAAAGAAAUGAUACAGAAAAGAAGGGGACGAAUCGUACCGAGUCCUGAGAAUGGCUACUGGAAAACCAUCUCCCUCUGAAGUC